AUGCCUUGUACAUCUAUUGCUGGCAAAAUCAGCUUUCCAGACCUUCCAGGACUUGUCGCAAGAGUUGCUGCGACAGUGGAAUGGCAGAGAAAUACCUUCUCAGAAGAAAGUUUAAGGGGUACACAUAUCAUGUUGUGUAAGGAUAUCGAUAAGAACACGCGGGCGACUGUAGCUAUGCGGGUUGGUGGUGACAUUAUGAGUGGAUCUGUAUACAGGAAGGAGGGUUAUGUUUUGGAAAUCUACGACUGGGUCAAGGGUAAUGUUCGCCGCUUCAGAGGCCGGCAAUGGCUUGUUGGUAGUGUUGUGGAAGAUGCCGAGGCCAAGGCUGGCGUUUGCGCAUAG